AUGGUACCAUUCCAGCUGGAGAUAUUUGCUCUCGUGGCCGUACUCGUCGGCUUCAUAGUCAACACCUACAUUGUCGUGAUAGUAAUCCUCACGAAGCAGAUAACGUUCGCCAGCAAGGUAUUGCUGCUGCACCUGGGCAUCGUGAACACGGUCUUGUGUCUGUGCUACUGCAUCUUCUACGCGAUCAGCCUGCUGCAGCUGCUGCCGGUUGGGUUGGAAGCGAUGGACAUCACCUGUCUGCUGUUCGGGCUCUGCUUCAACACGCUCCAUUCCAUCGCCCUGUGGACGCUCUGUGCGCUUAACUUUGAUCGGUACUUCGCCAUCGCGACACCGCUGCAUUACGGCACCUACAUCAACACCAAAAAGCAGGUGCUUAUAACUCUCGGUGCUGGAUGGAUAGUGUCGACCCUGUUUAGUCUGCCGCAGGCGGCCCGUAUCUCCGCCUACAAGUUCGAUAAUGACUAUGCGCUCUGCCUACCAAACUCGCCGACGACCGAGUCGCUCGUCUACAGUGUCAGCUUCGUCCUCUUCACUAUCCUGCUGCCGAUCAUCCUUAUCCUUGGAUGCAAUAUGAAGGUGCUGAUGAUUGCACGAUACCAGCGAAACCGGAUCGCGUCCGCCAUCUUGGAGGUGACAUUGUCGGCGCAGCUCACCAUCACGCACCAGCGAAAUCCGUUCUUCGUACAGGGUGAUGCCGGUGCCGGUGGCGGGUCGGGUGGACCGAGCAGACCCGUCACCGGUGCCUUGGCUGCGGAUCCCGGCGGCCUCACCGGUGACUGCAAGGCGUGCACGCACGCACCAGGCACCAACCACCAGAACAACCCGGCGGCCAACGUGAUCCAGCUGGUCGGCUCAGCGAUCCUGUUCCACUGUCCCUACUACUUCGUCAUCCUGUGGAACAGCGUGCUACCGUUCGUGGCGGGUGGAUCGUGGCGAACCCCUGCCCUUCUGCUCAACCUGGCCUUCUUUCUGCUGCUCCUCUCGCCCACCAUCAACGCGAUCCUGUACGGUGUGCGGAGCAAGAUCGUGCGCCGCUCGUUACGCAACAUCUGGCGCAAGCAGAAGCAAAAGAUGGAGAUACACUACGAGAUACAGGCGCGCACACCGUCAACCUGCGGAUCGCGGCGCCCCUCCCUCAGCGGUACCCAGCAGCAGCAGCAGCAGCAGCAGCAGCAGCAGCAACAACAGCAACAGCAACCGCUGCUGAUCGCGUUCGCCGAUGGGACGCGCUCGGAGCUGACUGGCACGGAGUCGUCCGUCGCUAUCUCACGCGCGAACCGUAUCAAGUUUGGCAGCUGCUCGGCGCUCGCCACACCUUCGCCGAGCUACGCCGCGCCUGCCCUGCCCGUGCACGGGCAGCACGAGCUGCUGCUGGCGCACGGGCAAUCCGCCGGUACCGGUAUCCGGCCGAAGAUCACCAUCACCAAGAUACUGGCCGACGACGAUUAUGACGAUUAUGAGCCCGCUGCCCGGACGCGCCUACUUAGCGACUCAUCGGCCACCGAGGCCAGCGAGGGAGGAAGUUUGCACUACGAUGACCGAGGUUGUGGUGCUGCGGUGCCCCCUGCACCGACCUCCAUCACGAUACCACCGACCCUUUACCACUACCACACUCACGACAAUCGCAACGUCGCAAGACAAUCAGGUGCCAAGCCGACCGGCGCCUCGGGCGCCCUCAGGCUCGAGCCGAAGCUAGCGUUUAGGAAGUUUUGUUCGUUACAGGAAAUUCUGGGAACUGAGUAAGGGGUGAACAAAACAAAUGGGGAUUUCUGCACUAUUAGCCUGUUAUUAUCUUGUAAGAACGGGAACCCCCCCCCCCCCCCCUCCCCACCCCCUUUAUCAAACCAGUUAGGAUACACACACACACACACACACACACUUUACGGGCUAUGAGUGCGUAGAGAAUUUGGAACUAACGAAUAGCAGUAAAUUAAGGAUAUUAUACAUAUUAGCUACAGAUAUAGGUGUACACUAAAUGUAGAUGUGAUGCAGUGUUUACACCGUUCUAGGCCACUCUCUCCCCCCCCCCCCCCUUCCCUUCUCAUUCUCUAUCUAUCUCUCUCUUGUCCCAUAGGGAUAGAGAGAAGUCCAUAGGGAUAGGGAAAAGAGGAUAUUUAAGAAGCGAAAUGUAUAUGUUGAAUUUUUUAAAUGUGAAUCGAAUGGCAGAUACAGAUCGCCCUGUCCCGCCCUCACCCUUCCCUUUUUCUCCCCCUCUCACCGGUUGAAACGUUUGUUAUCGAGCAGGAGAUCGAUCGUGGCAUUCGAGUUGGGCUGUUAACGAGCUAAUUCUUAGUAGAAACGAUGGGGAGGGUACCACAGAGCUUCGAUUUUUAGCAGUGCACCCACCCACCCCAUUAGCAGUAGGGUGCUAAUCGAGCUGGACGGACGGGGCGGGGCUACGGUGUUUCCCCCCACUUCGCCCCCCCCCCCUCCUUCCCUCUCCCCUUCGCGGAAGUGUGGAAGCUGACGCUGUUGGUUUUUGUGCACGUACAAAUACGCAAACGUAACUGUAGCAAAAGUAGCAGAAAAAUGAUCAACAAAGGCUACGGACACCAUGGACCUCAAUGUGACCCGAUUUGGAGCAGGUUUCAAUUUUUACAACCAGUUCCGUACGUUACAGUAGUCGACUAGUACAACCCUUUCCCCACCCGGCU